AUGAUGGAAGAUUUUAGAGUUGUAGGCCAUGUAUAUUCUCACACUUACCAUAGUAUGCUAAAAUGUACAGAAUGUAAGUUCAGAGCCCCACUUCCUGGGGAAGAAAACACUUUGGAUGAAGCGAUGAGGGAAAUGGUACAAGAGUGCAUCAUCUGUUUGCUUUCCUUUUUCUUGCGAGAUUUCAGCACAGCUUCCUAUCAGGAUCUGUGUGCAAAUGAUGGCUAUUUUUCCCACCGUCCAAAAGAGAAAACGCGAACAGACAGCAAUAAUGAAAACUCUGUACCCAAGGACUUUGAAAAUAUUGAUAACAGUAACUUUGCUCCCAGGACUCAGAGGCAAAAACACCAGCCUGAGCUGGUGAAGAAGCCCCUUAGCAAGCAGAAGGAGCACUUGAAAAGGAAACUAGAGCAAGAAGAAAAGGUAAAGGAGAAUUCAUUGCUGGGAAAGACCUCCAAUGAAGUAGUGCACUUCGGUGACCAUGCUGUAAAGAACAGUAGUAGCAGCAACUUGAAGGAAAUUCACAGGUCUCCCAGACAGCACCAUAUAAAAAAGAAUGGGAACAGCUCACCUGAAAUAAAGUAUGACCAACUGCCAAGAUGUGAGAUCUCGGGCAAGGAGGCAAUCUCAGCUCUGUCCCGAUCCAAGUCUAAGCAGUGUCGGCAGGAGAUUGCAGAGAUAUACUGUCAACACAAGCAAGGGAAGCUGAUGCCAGAGAUGGUUACACGGUUCUGUCCCCUGGAGGGAAAAGUCAACAACAAUGUACAAUGGGAUGAGGACUCCAUAGAAUACAUGCCAGCCAACCCAGUCAGGAUCGCAUUUGUCUUGGUUGUUCAUGGCAGAGCUUCCCGGCAGCUCCAACGCAUGUUUAAGGCUAUUUACCAUAAAGACCAUUUUUAUUACAUUCAUGUUGACAAGCGAUCCAAUUACUUAUACCGACAAGUGCUCCAGUUUGCUAGCCAGUACCCAAAUGUGAGAGUCACCUCUUGGCGAAUGGCAACUAUCUGGGGAGGAGCAAGUCUUCUGUCCACCUACCUACAGAGUAUGAGGGAUUUAAUGGAGAUGAAUGACUGGCCGUGGGAUUUCUUCAUUAACCUUAGUGCUGCCGACUACCCAAUCAGGACAAAUGACCAGCUGGUAGCAUUCCUGUCCAGAUAUCGAGAUAUGAACUUCUUGAAAUCACAUGGGAGAGAUAAUGCAAGGUUUAUUAGAAAACAGGGUCUGGAUAGGCUUUUCCUGGAAUGUGAUACUCACAUGUGGCGCCUUGGAGACCGGAAAAUCCCAGAAGGAAUCACUGUAGAUGGAGGAUCAGACUGGUUCCUACUGAACAGGAAGUUUGUGGAGUAUGUCAUUUUCUCCGAUGAUGAUCUGGUGACGAAGAUGAAGAGGUUUUACUCUUACACAUUGCUUCCUGUGCAGUCGUUCUUUCAUACUGUUCUGGAAAAUAGCCUUUACUGUGAUUCCAUGGUGGACAACAACUUGCGGAUCACUAACUGGAACCGUAAACUGGGCUGCAAAUGUCAGUACAAGCACAUUGUGGACUGGUGUGGCUGUUCACCUAAUGAUUUCAAACCUGCAGACUUCCACAGAUUCCAGCAGACUGCCAGGCCAACGUUCUUUGCCCGCAAAUUUGAAGCUGUGGUGAAUCAAGAAAUAAUUGGCCAAUUGGAUUAUUAUUUGUAUGGCAACUAUCCAUCUGGCACACCAGGCCUCAGGUCAUACUGGGAGAACGUGUAUGAUGAGCCGGAUGGAAUUCACAGCAUCAGUGACAUUACACUGACCAUGUACCACUCAUUUUCCCGCUUGGGCCUAAGGAGAGCUGAGACUUCCUUUCACACUGAUGGAGACAACAGCUGCCGGUAUUAUCCUAUGGGCCAUCCAGUUUCUGUCCAUCUCUACUUCCUUGCUGACCGUUUUCAGGGCUUCCUAAUCAAACAUCAUGCAACCAAUCUGGCUGUCAGUAAACUAGAAACUUUGGAAACUUGGGUGAUGCCGAAGAAAGUGUUUAAAAUUGCUAGUCCACCAAGUGAUUUUGGAAGGCUGCAGUUCUCAGAGAUUGGCACUGAGUGGGAUGCCAAGGAAAGAGUAUUUCGGAACUUUGGAGGACUUAUUGGGCCAAUGGACGAGCCCAUUGGCAUGCAAAAGUGGGGGAAAGGCCCAAAUGUCACAGUUACUGUGAUCUGGGUGGAUCCAGUCAAUGUCAUCGCAGCUACAUAUGAUAUUCUUAUAGAAUCUAGCGCAGAAUUUACUCACUACAAACCACCAUUGAAUUUACCACUACGGCCUGGAGUCUGGACAAUUAAAAUUCUGCACCACUGGGUUCCUGUAGCUGAAACCAAAUUCCUUGUUUCUCCUCUUACAUUCUCCAACAGGCAGCCUAUCAAGCAAGAGGAAACCAUGAAGUUGCACGGUGGACCUCCUAAGAACGCAUAUAUGGAACAGAGUUUCCAAGGCUUGAAUCCGGUUUUAAAUAUCCCUAUCAGUGCAGGUCAAGUGGACCAGGCCAAAAAGAACGCAGCACUGUUAGGCACCAAGCUGGAGAACUGGGUUGACACCUUGGCCAGCAGCAUGUGGUCAGCAGUGGAUAUUUGUAGCACAGGCCCAACUUCCUGUCCUGUUAUGCAGGCUUGCAGUCAGACAGCAUGGAGCUCACUUAGCCCAGACCCCAAGUCCGAGCUCGGCCCCGUGAAACCUGAUGGGCGUCUGAGGUAGCACCUUUCUUUGGCAUGGAUUUUAAAAGGGAAUUUAACCUGGCUUACCUACACCUCUGACUGCGGGUUGUAAAACCUCGCUGAAACAUUUUGUCUAUUUGUUAUCCCAAUAUAAUUCUUAAACAUCUGGCACAGUCUUUGGCAUCCUUUCUCCUUCAGACCUGUCAGACUAAGCUUCAGUAAUGCUGUAGCUUCUCCUCUGUAUCUGUCCAGAGUCACAACCUUACCUCGCUCAAUUUGUACCCAAAAGGGCUCCAACUCCUCUACUGAUUAUGAAUAGGGACCUACUUAAAUCACGGUUUUGCAAUUUUCAUGGAAAGCACAAAAAACUAUAAUUUCCACAGUUGCUGUGAAAAAUGGCACUGGCUGUGAUUUCCCAGGAAGUCAACUAAAAAAAAAAAACCUUAAUAAAAAGAGAAUGCUGUCUCCCCAGUGGGAGCCAGCGGUCCUUGGUGGUACUGCAGCCGGGCCUCGCCUGCCCAGGAGGGUUAGGCAUCAGCUGGCGGAGUGGCACAAAGGGCAACAACCAUGAUGGCAGAUGCCUCUUUGUGCCUCUGCCAAUCAGUGUCAAGGAGCGGGGCCACAUGAAGGGCAGCCAGCAGUCAAGAUGGCAGCUCUCUUCUUGUUCCUCCUCCCCCUGGGGCCUCUCCACCAAUCAGCACCAAGGGGCGGGGCCACCACAAAACAACUGCGAAAUUGGCUCUUCAGGCCAAGCCACAAAAAUUGCUUUCUCUCACCGUGACUUAGGUAGGUCCCUAGUUAUGAAAUGGUAACAUAGCACCUCUGGGAUCAGGGGAGGCCAAAAGGAGGCACUGCAGAAAAAUGUUCCCGGAGCAAAAUAAGUAUGUAUCUUUUGACUGGUUCAUAGAUGUUAAUUAUUUGGCUAGCAUAAAGAACUCUGCAUGCUAAGAACCGUGUGUAUGUGUGUAUGUACACACACGCACACACAUACAUACAGAGAUAUGCAUACGUGUGUGUAUGUGUAUAAGUUUAUAUAUAUACACACACACACAUAUUACAAGAUAAUUAUAGAUAUAUUUAUAAUACAUAAUAUAUAUAAUAUAAUAUACAACAUAUAUUUAUUUCCUCCAAAAACUGCUCUGCCUUCCAAAAUGUGGAAAACUGGAGAUACGCCCCUGACGAGAGUUUUCAUCAUUGGAAAAAAUAGACUUGAUUCACUACUCUGCUAUUCCACUUUUUUGCCAGCAUGAGUGACAUCAUCCUGAGACCCAGUCUAGCAGUGGUGAAUCGGGCUCCUUCUCACAGUGGGGAAAAAUUCUCAAGCCAGAACAAAGUGAACAUUAUGGCUGCUUGCAGACAUGGAAAAAGAAAAACGGUGCUUUACUUUAAACUCAGCACACUCCUGCGCCAAGCCAGCGCAUGUCCAGUAGAGGCAGUGCAUUAGUUGCACCCCACUUUCCCAAUGUCUGUGUAGACUGGGUGCUUUAGUGGGUCUUUUUUGGUGCUUUUAUCUAAUAGCUAAUUGAAUUAGCUUGAGCUAAAAGUGCCAAAAAGCCCCGCUGAAGUACCCAAUCUAUACAGACGCUGCAGAGCCAAGUCAAACUAAUGGGCUGCUGCUUCUGGUAAAACAUGGUGGGUUUUUUCCCCACACACACAUCUUUCACCUUUUAUUCGUAAUGUGAUCAGACUUCACAAUAUCUGGGCACCACUUGCAUUAUUUAUAACAAAUAUUCCCAUACCCAAGCAUGGGUUUCUGCCACUUCAGAAGUUUGCAUUUUAAAAAGCCUACAUUCAAAGUCAUUCACAUAUGCAAAUUCCAUGAAUAUCAGGUGGUUUGUGCAAGAGGGUGGUCUGUGAGAAAUUAGGGUUCAGACUGUAAUACCCCUACUCACACUGAGUGGCACCAUUUUUUUUUUCUAUUACUAGACCUUGCUGUGUUCAGCAGAGCUAUUCAGUCUGUAAACAAGGCAGAAUCUGGCCUUUAAUAAUUUAGGUUUGGAAACUUUUCCAUUGAUUUUAGUGGAAGAAGGAUUGGAGCCUAACUAUGUGGCAAGCUGAUUCUGAUCUAAUUUAAGUAGUGCCUAACGAGUCUAACACUAAUUGCCUCCCUUGGUUCCAGACCUGCCAGGGUUCAUGGAGGAUAGUUCUAAGAUUGCAGAGUCCAUCUGGAAGGUUGUGGUGAAUGAGACAUGGAGAUUCUCUGCUGAAGCCCUGAAUUGAACGUGGAGAGCAAUGCUGUGCCUCAGAGUUUUACUUUUAUAUUACUGAUAAGCAUUAGCCUUGUUUGUGUUCCAUUAUUUAAUUUCCAGCAGGCUCCAGGUGUUUUAAACAUGGAUGUGAUACAUCGUUUGAACCUGAGUUUUCAACAGUGGGGGGUGGGGGGGAAUACCCAUUUAAUUUCUAAGGACUUUAAAAAAUAUUUUAUAUGCAAAUUCACUCUGACAAACUUUACAUAAAACACGCACUUUUUUGUAGUCUUUGGAGUGCACCAUACCGAGAAACUUCAAGGAGCCUUUUAAUUAUAAAUUGCCCUAUUAAUGUAAUAAAGGAAGGUGUCUGUUUACCCUUCUGUGUGCACAUAUAACUUUCAUUACUGCUAAUGAGAGUUAAGCUCCCACACUGGGGAAAUAGACCCUCAAAUCUUUUCAUAACCACAUAUCACAAAAAAGGUUGAACUCCCUUUUAAGUAAGGAUGGCAAAACGACCAUAAAACAGACUUCCCAGUAGCUUGUUAUAUUUCUCAUAGUAGUAUUGGUUUAAAGCUACUGCAGUUUGCUUUGGACUUGAAAUUGCAGUGUCAGCUGUGCUGGCUUUAAGGCGGAACAUUUACAUGUUUAUCUGGCACGAGGAUGGAUGCAUAGAAGGAACGUUUUAGGUAUUUAUUAUUUAUGUUUUAGUCAAUGACUAAUUAGUAGGUGCUGCUUUUGCAGCUUGAAGAUUAUUUUAUCUUACUAACUAAAGCUGCCUUUAUUAAGAAAAGGCCUUCCCCCCCAUGCCUCUCAUCUCUCUUUCUUCCUUCCUGAUUUUGACAGUCAUGAAGCUGUAGUUUUAGGAAAGCUUGUAGCCAUUAUAGCUGGUUGGAAAGUUUCUGUCAAAGCAAUGUCCCCGCUUUUCAGCUGGCUGUAGUGGUGAGUUUGUUUUUAAACCAGUGUUGCCAACAGGUUUAUAUCAUAGAAACACAAUGUUAUUUCUCAUUCAGUAUUUUUUCUAAUACUCGUUUUUAUCGAUCAUCGUGAAGGUCAGACGUGCUGUGAGCUCUGGGGGCUUAGCUACACUGACCAAAUAGGGCUAGUGUGGUUAACGCCCUAUAGACUGAAUGAAAAAAUAUCAUAUUUGCUCAUGUAUUAGGCUAUAACUAAAAAGAUUUCAUUCAUUUUCCUAGUCUUUGGAUCAUUCCAGUUAAAUCUGCUAUUGAAUUCAUUAAAUCCAGUCUGUCAUGUGGGGGGGGGGGGUGUGCGUGUGUGUACAUGUGCAUGCACACACACAAAUAACCUGGUUUAUAAAUUUGAUACCUUUUUAAAUAUUAGGAAAGAACGUUUUUAAGUGUUUUGUUGGGAAGUUCACUAUUAAAUUUGUCAGGCCAAAGUUGGCAACGGUCCAGUCUUUCUCUCACAGUUAGAAUGGUAGCCACCAUUUUUAUCAUUUAAAAUGUAAGGUUCAAAUGACUUAGUUUUAGUUCCUGUUUUGCAGUUAAAAAAUCAAACUAUUGCAGAUAUACCUAUCUACAUUUCUGUGCUUUAUCUAUAUAGAUUCUAUGCUAUGUUGUAAACAACUCAAAAGAAAUAUUUUAUACUAUUUUAUUUUCUAAAUGGCAAAAAGAGCCUAUAAAUAUAAAUACUAUAGCCAGCUAGUAACACCAGUGCUGCUAUUAAAAUAUUAAAUGGUAACAUGACUAGGUCAAAUCCUGCAGUCCUUUCUCAGGAAAAACUUGUAUGAUUCUGAGUAAGGACUUCAGUAUGAAACCCAGCAUAAGUAAAAAGCAGCAUACGUUUAAAGGUAUCAGAGAAUGAACUUUUCAGCAUCCUUGGAGAUGGGCAUCAAGUUUGGAUCCAGUGGACCAUUUCCUACCAUAGCUAUUAAUAGGAAGAUACAUAACAUAUAUUGGAGAAUAUGUCUUAAUCGUUAUGUCUUGUAGUUAUGACAUUACAUUAUGGAAAGCAAGACUGUCUCCAUUAGGGAUCAGAACUUGCCCCAAAACUAUUGCUAAGGUAGCACCAUGCUUAGUGGCUUGUCCAGCUUGAAAAUAGCAGGUACUUAAUGUCUACGAUGAACCUCUGUCUUUUUAGAAAAGAAUAACUCCACAGACCUUGCAUCUGGUGAAAAGGAGAAUUCAAAGCAGGGGCCCAGAGUUUAUAUGAAAUAAACAAGUCAUACAUGUUUCCAUUUGAGCAUACUAGUAUUAUUUUCAGAACAUGCUGGCUAGUGAUAUUUUAUGAACAAGACUGCAUUUGAAAGCCAGCUGUGACCAAAUGCCUUCUAUGGGAAAAGAGUAUAUUUCCAUUUGCACAUAUUUGCCCUCUAUGUGUAAUGCUGUACUCAUUUAAACUCCAUGCCCAUGCUGCUAGAUAGUCAUGUGAAACUUCUAAAAUCAACUGGCCUUAUUCAGGCAGAAAAGAAAUGUGGCAGAACAUAGGGUGUCUGCAUACAUUUUUUUUAAAGGAAUUAAAUCCAAAGUCAGUGAUAUGCAAACCUGUUUAUAUGGUAAUAUUAAGCCCUGUAGCUAAUAGAAAUUAGCUGAAAUGACAGUUUAUUUUGUAGAUGUGAACAAAAUCUUUCUCUAUGUAGUCUGACUGGACAUGGAGUAAAGAUAUUUAUAUUUUAGGUUUCUGAUAUUUGAAGUUUUUUAGAAUUAAAAUUGUGUCUUCAUAGUUGUGCUGUGAAGGGCAAAGGGGAUGGAGUAUAUUAACAGUUCUUUCAUAGUGGCAAGUAGUUCAACAAGAACUAUACAUCUGUAUCGCUGUUGCUAAACCUAAAAAUAUAGGAGUGCCAAUUAGUAUGUUACAGAUCGACUUUCCUAGAUACAGGCUUUAAUGCAGAAUGUCUGGCAAAUGCGACUCCUUAAUGGCAUAUUAAUGGUGAACUUGCAGCACCUUCAAAAGGAUAAGCUUAUGAGUAUUCAACUUCCAUCCAUCUCUCAUAAAUCUUGUGGUUGGUACCAAAAAAGUCAAAAUCCCUCUUAUUCAUUAUUAUAGGAAGCAGGACACUGAGUCAGACAAAGAACUGAGAAAAUCCAAAGCUGGUGUAAGGAGGUAAUAAAGGAUAAAAGAAAGCCUGAGUCCUUAGCCUAAGCUUGAGACAAAACUGUAUUUCUUUAUUGCAGCAAAGGGGAUGGUAGCUUCAUUUUCUCACACACCCAGUCUCAGGACCCUGGGGUUGUCAAAUCUCAGUUUUGACCUCCCAGCUUUUUAUUCUGUUUGGAAAGUAUUGACUAACUUCCUGUUGAUUUCAGAGGCACCAAAGCUAAAUCACGCUCUGUCAUUUAGAGGGGGAAUAGAGAACUGCCAGCUUGGCUCCCUGACUUCCCUAAUGCUCCCUAAUUCCCUCUGCUUAGAAGCAACAGCGUGAGUAAAUUCUGUCUUUCCCAGGAUGCCCAAACUGCAAAUAAUUGAUCAAACUAAGCAGUGGCCUAAUGCCCCUGUUUUCUGUUGAGCAAGGAAGUAAUGUGCCCAUCUUAUAAGACCAGAGUCCAUAACGCUCUUUGAAAAACUUGGCUGUACGGGAGAAGGGUUGCUUUUGAAAGUCUGCUCAGUGCUAAAGUAUAUAAAAAAGGACCUUCGGAAGGUGCUGGCAAUUGGACUAUCUUUUCCCAUGCUCAGAUAUAUGGGUGUUCAGCAUGUUCAGUAAUAGAUUAGUGUAGUUUAUCAAAAAAAAGGCAACCUAUCCGAAAAUUGUUUGCAGCGGCUCCUUAUUCUUAUUUGGCACUGGAAAGCCAACAUUGGAAAGAAUACUUCUAUCUCAGUCAUGCUACACAAUGAUCCCUCCAUGGUGGGGGAGAGUAGGUCUCAUGCCUGCUUCUAGCCACAAAGGAGCUACACUGCAGUGAUGGGGUGGGGGGGCAAUGUGUUAUUUCCACACUGGGAGGAAGGCUUGUGGGCCAUCACAGUGGAUGGAGAGAACAAUGUAGGAGAAACUCUGCAAAGGGUGUUCUCCCCUUUAGAUCACUCUUGCAAGUUUUGUUAAAACAUGGCCCGUUUUCUUUGUAUAGUAGAGCAGUCACAAACAUCUCUUCACUGUAGCAUAUUCAGAGUAAAUAAUAAUUAGGUUGCAUAACAGUCUCUUAGAAGGUGCAGAGUACAAAGGCUAUGUGAUUAGGGAGUCUUGAAUGGUUAAUUGCACAAUUACACCCUGUUGUAGACAUUCCGCACAAUAGGCCUGAGUUCCCUCUCACGUCGUUUUCUGCUGGUUCAGCUCCCUUGAUGUCAGCAGACUCCUGUUUCAGAACUGGAGCAAAUGAGGGGGUCAUCAGGCCCAAAGCUAUUGGGGCGAAGGUAAAAAGCAGUGAUAUUGCAUGUUAUCUGACCCAAGGGCCAGGGUAGCAUUUAGGCUGUUUUCAGUUACCUAUGGUGGGUUUUUUUCUAGUGAUGAAUUAUGAUUCUCUAAUUCUGCAGGGUGCCCCCUUUCUUUUGUUCUUUUAUGCUAAUAGUAGUGUAUGGAUCACUCUUUGCUGUUUGCUUCUGCCUCAGUUACCUUCUUUUGCCCAUGGGUGCUACCACAGCUGCUACCUCACUUUAUCUGCAAACACGUUUACCUGCCAACAACAACAACAACAAAGGUACCAGAAAUCUCCUUGAGCUGAAUGUACAGUCUAUGCAAAUUCUCUCUGUUUUGUUAAAACUCACAAGUAUUACUUGUUACCUUGCCGAAUAAACAGCAAGAUCCUGUACAGGUGCCUCUGAUAACAGAGUAACAUUUUUAGGCGCGGUUCAUCGCGCUGCAGUUGUAUAUUGUAAUGACUGACUUGUCUUUGGUUCUGUUGUAAUUAAUACUCUUGAAUGAGCAGAUAGUAAUCUCUCGUGUUCAAGGAGCACCUUCAGUUUGCUGGGAAUGUUCUGGAGGAAGAUGGCUACUGCGUUUUACUCUAUUUGUCAUGUUUGUUUUAAGAAGAAGACACAGGCCUAGCAAUCAAAAAAGGUAUUGUUUCAGAUUUUUCCAGUGUGUUACCCCAUAAAAAAGCCUUACUUUCAUCCUUUCUUUCAGUGUGGCCUUAAACAGUAUUAGAAAGUUAGAUGCUACGUGUGCGUGCGUCUCUCUCUCUCUGUUUGCUGUAAGUGGAAUAAAAGGCACCUUGAAAUUUCUGUUACAACUCUGAGCUGUGUACCUGUCAGCUUAUGCUUCACAAGUAUAAUUGAAAUUGCUUACAAAUGCAGUCUUUAAGGGGAAAAAAUGACCUUGCCUUUGGGGAAAAGGAAGGCUUGAGCUCUCUUCUAAGCUGAGCAAGUAAUGAGAGUUCUCUUCUGCAACUUACUUCUGGUGAAGACAGUUGACUUAAUUACUUACAGGUAUGACUUCCCUAUGUCAUGAUUUUCUGUUUGUCUGCAAAGUAUUUCAGGAUAGAUUCUGGCCUUGGUUAUGCCAGUCUGGAGUCAUUCCUCUUAUUCCAAUGGGACUUCAGUGGAGUUCCUCCCAGAUUUACAUUGCUGUAGCAGAGAUGAGAAUACUCUUUCUGUACUUCACUAGAAGUUAAAUAAGAACUUUUGAGAUUCAGGCCAGAUUUUAAAAGGUAUUUAAGCACCAGGUUAUUAGGAGCUUAAAUGCCUUUAAAAACCUGCCCCUUAGAGCUUGAUCCAAAGCCCACUUGAAGUGCAUAAAAACUGUCUUCAGUGGACUUCUGAUCUGUGCUAUGCGCAUUUUUCUUUGCUCUUCUUGCAUCUUUGGCAAUGGGAACUAUAGCAAUUCAAUAGAGCCAAUAUUCCCGGCAGGCUGGCAGUGCUUUUGAGGAACCUAUGUUCUAUCUUGUUUCUCUGUCCUGAGGCUGAUACAACCCAAAGACAACUGAAAACAUAGAAAAAAUGGUUUGUGACACAAAAAUAGUUUAAUUUGAGUUAAUGAAAUUAUCUCUCUAACUUUGUUUUUAUGUUUGUGUUGAGUUGAUUGGAUUUUUGUAUUGGUUAACCCACUCCAUAAUAAGUUAUUCCUGUUCCCUCAUUUUCAGAGACUGGCAGUAAUAUAGUUUUAAGAAAUAACUAUUUUGUUAUAGAUCAUAAUAUGCAUAAAACUGUACAGAAAUAUUUUGUAAGCUAUUGAUUAAGGAAAAAAAACAUGUAUAUACAGUAAAGUUUAAAAAAAUUGGGAAUUCAAAUGGCACACACUGAAAGAUGUAGAUAUUUUGCUAUUUAUUUAAAGGAGUAUUUUAUGAGGUAUUAAAAUGUCUUAAAUUGACUGGUAAUCACAGUUCAAAAGUCAGAAUGCUUUUCUUGUAGUAGAAUGUGAUUUUCAGCAAUUAUUGCACUACCCAUUUUUGCACCCUUUUUGUCUUUCAUUUAGCAGAAAAACAAUGUGCCUUAGCUGUAUUCCUUAUCUAUGGGAGUUUGGGUUUUUGUCUGAAAAAGCAAAUUUUUUUGCAGAACAAGAAAUGGAUGUAUUGAAUACUGUAUUAUACCAAAAACGCUGCGGUUGUAUAUACAUGCUUUCUGUCCUACUGUGUUUUCAGAUGCAGAAUUUUAAAAUUAAAAAAAAA